CGAGGCCGGGCCCUCAGGCCCUCGAUUGACAAGGGCCCGCUGCAAACUGGUGUGAGCCCCGGACAGUCGUUCUUUUCAUUCCUCCAAGGAAAAACAACAAUAGGAGUAAAAAGAAGUUAGGCCGUCGUGCUGCCGUGGUUGCCACUUAACCUACCUCGCCGGGUUUCCCCUCCCCCCCUUCCAUGCGGACUCGUAGCUGCCCCACCGCACCCGGAGCAACUGUCUGCCGCCUCUUUGGUUAGCAGCCGAACACGUACCCGACCCAUGCACUCCAGCACCUCGUUCUCGCUGGGAAAUAGAUUGCAUGUUGGCUGUUAAGGGCCUUACGAUGAGAAAGGUUGAUCUCUGUUUGAGUUCUGAAGGGACCGAAGUGGUUUUAGCUACGUCAAGUGAUGAAAAGCACCCAGCGGAAAGCAUCAUCGACGGGAAUCCAAGAACAUUUUGGACCACCACAGGGAUGUUUCCCCAGGAGUUCAUUAUUUGCUUUCACAAGCACGUGAGGAUUGAAAAGCUUACAAUACAAAGCUACUUUGUGCGCACCCUGAGGAUUGAAAAGAGCACGUCGAAGGAACCAGCUGACUUUGAGCCGUGGAUUGAAAGAGAUCUAAGACACACCGAGGGGCAGCUUCAGAAUGAAGAAAUUGUGGGACGUGAUGAUCAUGCCACAUACCUGAGAUUCAUUAUUGUAUCCGCGUUUGAUCACUUUGCAUCUGUGCAUGGUGUUUCUGCAGAGGGAAUAGUAGUCUCAAACCUUCAUUAGUAAUUCUAAAAUAGUACUCUUGCAUGAGUUUUAUAUUCACAUAUUUAUUUUAACAUGAAGUUGUCACUGAAGUUCUUUAUUAAAAGGAUUUGUAUCAA